ACUAAUUACAACACUAGUACAAAUCUAUUACAUUUAUUGAGGUCAAAUGCAGUGGCUUGUUUUAAUGGCUGGGCUGGUAGUUGCCUGCCACACAGCCGAUCUAAGUUCAUGUUAUGGGAACAAUCAGAUGCUUCCGGGAGUGACUUGGGGAGAUUUAGAAUUACCAGCAAAGUCAAGGAAGAAUGCUAUGUAGCUUGCAGGAGGUACGGGUCAGGUUGCAUCGCUUUCGUGUUCAGAACAAGAGAUGGGUACUGUUGGUUAAAGAAAGCUGGACAUAACGCAGUGAGGACACGUAACGGAUACAUGUUCGGUGAAAUGCCUUGCUUUAACGAGAAACUGGCAGCCGAAACGGAAACAAGCACGGGAGAAAAGGUAAAGUACGAGUUCGCAUACCAGACCAGUGGCGCGGGGGGUAAUGAUGGUGGGAGUGAGAACCACUAUGUGUUUGCGGUAAUCGGAACUAAGGGUGAGACAGCUGAGCAUGAGUGUGUAGGUAAAAAAGAGAUGGGGAAGGCAGGUAGCUGUGCAAUUGAGGACAGUGCUGACAUUGGUGAUGUUACUGGUUUGAGGGUUGCUAAUGGUUUCGACGAUACCUGGAAGUUCACGAAAAUGGUUGUUUCCGUAGACGGAGUCACUAUGCCGUCCUAUAAUGGCUUCCAAUCGGUUGAUGAUUUCACAGCAGUGACGAUAGAUUUCAGUGCGGAUCCUGAUUCCUGCUAUAUGGAUAAUAUUGAUAUGUGGGGUGGGGACAUAAAGAGCUUCACAACUUUGAAGAAGGACAAAGCAGAGUGUUACGAGUCCUGUCGAAGAUUUGGCUCUCAGUGCAUUGCAUUCACAAUGACCAAAAGUAAUGGUAGAUGCUAUCUCAAGAAAGAAGGCCAUAGAGGCCCAAAAGUUUCAAGUAACGGAGUUUCAGGAAGGAUGGAUUGCUUCAGAGAGAAGAGCGAAGCUGAAGCUGAGUCAGAGUACGUUAACGUGGCCCGAUUGGAGACAGUCGAGUUAGCACAGUCCGGUGUUAAAUCCGGAGCUGUAGCUGAUCGAGCUGUAGACGGGAACACGAACACGAGAUGGGAUCUAGCAGGGUGUACCUACUCCUGGACCACCUACCUCAACUACUGGCAGAUCACUCUUGACAAGUCCUACAAGAUUGAUCAUGUCAUCAUAUACGGUGUUUCUGACGUGUGGAGAAAUGACGAGGGCAUCCUGGACGGAGCUAACAUUCUGAUCGGAGGACAAAUCUGCCAAAAGAUUUCAGGAAUGAAAGAGAACAUGGCAUCAAUGGAAGGACAAAAGUUCGACUGCAACGGAGAAGCCUCAAAAAGAACGGGAAAGGUGGUCCGUAUUGAGAGCUGGGCUCGCAAACUCGUCAUAUGUGAGAUUGAGAUAAAUGUGAGAAAGGACGAGAUGGAGGAAGCAGCACCUACUCUCGGUCCUGCACUACAAGCAGGUCAGGAGGUAGAGGAGUUCUACAACGUUGCCUGGAAGAAGGAGGCGUCCCAGACCUCUGAAGCUCACGGAGGAUCAGCCGAUAAAGCUGUUGAUGGCUGGACUGCACAGAACUGGGCAGGAAGCCAAGGAUCCUGUACGCAUACCGCACAAAGAGGGUCUGAUCACUGGAAAGUAGACCUGGGACGGGUCUACCAAAUUGACCACAUUCGUGUUUGGGGGCUGGACUCUUCCGCUUCUGCUUACAUGGCCAACGCCAUGCUUUUCGUUGAUAGCAACCUCUGUGGUAAGUUGAAGGACAUGAAGAAGACAGGUCCACAACAAAUAAAAUGUGACAGCUCGGAACUUAUGGCAGGUAGGUACGUGACUAUCUCCGCUGGUACCACUUACCUUGCUAUCUGCGAGGUUCAGGUCAUGGUGAAGAAAGCUGACCUUGACAAAACACCGGUAACGGUUAACUGGCCCGGGGAGAGAGUGGAUGGGUUUACAAACGUGGCAUUUAACCACGAGGCUGUAAACGAGGAGUCUACUGCAACUCAGAGUUCUACUCAUUCCACCGGAUAUGCUCGUAAAGCCAAUGAUGGAAACAGAAACGGUCAUUGGGGCUAUGGAUCUGUAACUCACACGGGCAGAUCUGGUCUCCAGUACUGGCAAGUGGACCUGGGCCGGGUCUAUAAGAUCCAUCACAUCACUAUAUUCGGGAGAACAGACUGCUGCUCUGAGCGGAUAGAAGGUGCUAGGGUUGUUGUCGGGAGGACACUUCAGGUGGCUACUGAUCUCAAGAAACCCACCAAACCAACUGACCCUAUCGAGAUAGAUCUGUCGGAGAGAGAUGAGGCUGUGUACGGGAGGAAGGUCACUGUUGAACUGAUCAACGAAUACCUGUCUUUAGCCGAGGUAGAAGUCUGGGUUGCAAAUGAAGAUGUGUUCGGGGAUGAGAUGCCGACAGUGGUGCCGGCUUGGGAGAACGUUGCCAUCCGACGUCCCUCUAACCAGAGCUCCACUUUUGCGGGUUACUCCUCUGCCAGAGCCAUCGACAACUUCCCCUCCGUCCUCAUACCUAACAAAGGAUCAUGUUCCCACACUAACAAGGAGGUCAUUAACUACUGGCAGGUGGACCUAGAAAAGGAGUUCUACAUUGACCACAUCACGGUUUAUGGAAGGAAUGACAACGAUGGAGCUGCUAAAAGGAUCAAUGGAGCUAUCAUGCAAGUAGAUGGUAGAACUGUGGGAGGGUUCGUUUACCAGAAUGUGAACGAGAAGUUCCUCUUUCCUCUUAACGGACUGAAGGGUCAGCUCGUUAAGAUUGUUUUGACCGGUGAAUACCUCACAAUCUGUGAAGUCCAAGUCAUGGUUAACCAUGAUUAUGAGCCUGGUGACGCUGCUGUUGAGCCCAUCAAGGCGAGUAAGCCCAAUCUGGCUUCCUCUGCUGAGGUUUCCUCUUCCUCCUCUAUGUAUGGUGCUGUUGCAAGUCUCGUAACGGAUGGAAACGUGGAAGGUAACUUCUUCGGAGGAUCUUGCUUCUUUGCUGGACCUUCCCAAAACGGGAAUUGGGUAAAACUGGACCUUACUGAAAAUACUAAAGUUGGUAUUGUGUCAAUUUACCCUAGACUGGAUUACUACGCAUAUGAUGCCAUCAACAGUGCCGAGGUUCGAGCUGGGGAUCACCUGUGUGGAAUUAUCACUUACGAGUCAGGAAAACUGUUCUACCAAACAGAUUGUGAUGGAACCCGUGCUUCUCAGAUAACCAUCUCUAAAAUCGGGUGGCUCUCAUUCUGCGAGGUCGUUGUUAAUGCGGCAUAGGGAAAAGACGAGACUGAUGUGAAGAAGAUUAGGCUCUAUAAAGACUCUUACUCUUUAAUAAAUACUAAAAUACUCUUACUCCCUUUAUACUUGAGUCUUGACCCACGAUGACAUUAGUCUUAUUCAUGAGAUCAAGAUUAUUCCGAGUCUCGUUGUUUGAAAGAUAAAUUACCGCUUCCUCAUAAAAUUAUGUUAUAGUAAUUGAUCAAUUGGCAUGUCAAAAAUGUUGUUUUCCUUGUACCUC